GUACUUGCCAGCUGCUGUAUCAAGUACCAGCCAAUCCAGCAGUUAGGAGAGCUACCUGCUGCCUUCGGGACCUCCUGGAGUUUACCACCAAAGUCCUUACCAGUAGUCCCAGAUUUAUAAGAAAUCCUACUCACCUAAGGGACUAUGACACACUCCCAGAGUAAUACUGGCACCUUGACACAGUGACUGAGGAGUGCUGAAGACUGAACCUCACAACAAUACUGCAAGGUACCCCCUGCUGAGGAGACUUUUGAGAAGCAGGUGUGCAAGAAAACUUCUGUAGAUGUCAGUCAGCCUUUUCCCCAGCUCCCCCAGUGCUUACUUGUUCAACGCAAAUGAAGAGCCUUCGGCAGUAGGAAUGGAUAUGUGUGACUUCAUCAACGUGGAGUUCUUGUCAAGGUUGAUCUGGCUGCUGAGCACCCAGCCUUCCAACAGCAAAGACCAACACUGAGCUCCCAGCACAAGUACCCCGUACACCGAAGGAGACCAGCCUGCCACUUGGUGGUGGAUGGGUUACAUGGAGCCCUUCUAUCAUGGAGUGGGCAGGGAUUUGCCCUCCUGGGAGUAAGCAUUUAUUCCAGAUGUGAUGCUUGCAAGACAGACUUGCUAAUUCAGAGGAAAACAGCACUCCAGGGGAUGGUAGAUACAGGAAGUGUCUCCUUAGGUUCACAGCAACCUGUCAACCUUACAAUUCUGAGUACUUGACUCUUAAUUGUCUGGCAUGCAUGAUUGCAAAAUAACCCAGAUUGGAUCAUGCAUUUGCACUGGUGAGCCUUUGACUGCAGGUGGGCCUGAUGUUCUGCGAAAUUCCAGCUUCCCGUUUGGCUCCUGGAUCCACCCAGGCCUGAGGAUGGCCCGUACUAUGGAUCCACUGGCAAAGAAGAUCUUUAAAGGAGUUUUAGUAGCUGAACUUGCGGGCAUUUUUGGAGCAUAUUUUUUGUUUAAAAAGAUGAACACAAGCCAAGAUUUCAGGCAAACAAUGAGCAAGAAAUUCCCUUUCAUCUUGGAAGUUUAUUACAAAUCCAUUGAACACUCUGGAAUGUAUGGAAUCAGAGAGCAAGAUCAAGAAAAAUGGCUGAACAGCAAAAAUUAGGAAUUUGACCAUCAAUCAAAGUUUGCCCUAUUUCGUAGUAUCAGGCAAGAUUAAAAUUCCAAAGUUGACAUGGAUGGAUUUUAGACUAAGUGUAAACUCUAAUUAAGUCAGAGGUUUUGUUCUUUGGACUGUGAAGAAAUUGAUGGUUUGUUUAUUAUGUGAUAAAUGGAGUUUUGUUUACUACUCAAAAUAAACCUGUUCUUUAAAAAAAACUCCCCUGUAAUUCUAAACAUAUAAACCUUUCAAAAUAGAUAAGAUAAUAAAGUAUCUAUUUUUAAUAUUUAUUACAUUUUUUCUUUUCCAUUAUAGUUUAUUACAAGAUAUUUGAAUAUAGUACCCUGCGCUAUACAGUAGGGACCUUGUUUAUCCAAUUUAUCCCCCUUUCCUUUGCCCUUUGGUACCACAAGUUUUUCUUCUAUGCCUGUGAGUCUGUUUCUGUUUUGUAAAUAAGUUCAUUAAUGUUUAUUACAUUUUAACUCACACUGUCUAAAACUAUUAACUAAAAAUAUUGCUUUUAUCCAUUUUCACUUUACCUGAAACAAUACUUAAAACUCUACAUCAAUGUCUCUACUAGAGCCACUUUGAAAUAAAAUUCGUCAUAAAAUA